GUCAUACUUAGUGCAGCACGCUACGGUCGGCGAUGGAAAGGAGAUGGCGCGGUGUCACCUAAUGCGAACACACUGGAAGAGUACAGUACGCUCGUCCCCGCGGAGAAAAGCGAUCCCAGCGCAGAGAGGCUACCGGCACAGCCGGAGAGAGAUGGGCCGGUAGCAACGCAGUGUGUUCGCUCCAGCUCGUAUUGGUUGCAAGCACGGCAUGGCGGGAGUCAGCCACGGAGAGGACAAGGGCCCAAGUGUGCACUACCGUACCGAGGCCUCGCCCGCGCUAUUCCUCUCCUUCGCAACGCGUCGUCGUCUAUGGAUGACCUCGUUAUUGCGCGCGUCUGGGGCGAGGGCAUUGUGCGGUACUCGUCGUCAAAUAGCGCCACCAACGGGCCAAGGGCCUUCGAUGAGUACCGCGCGUGCGCUGUCGUCAUAGGGCACAUCACCGGCAUCAGGUGUCCGGGUCGAACGUCAUCUAGGGCUGGGGGCUCUGCGGAGAGGGCUAUAAGCAGACGCGCGACGGCGAAGGAUGGUCGUCACCCAGGACAGCUCGAGCGGCAGGUCGGGCGAGACAUUGAUGGACUAUACGGACGCCAGACGGACGUCGUUCUCAGGCUACUGUACGAGUAUUCACGUCGGACGCCUACCGAAUCGGCCUGCGCGUUUUCGAAGUCCCCGGCGCAGUUGGCGCCACUGAUCCAUUCAGUCCACCGGUGUCAGGUCAGAAUGUGUUUCUGCUGCGGUUCACCGGGUAUGAGCAAUACCGGGCUAUCACAGUUGUUCGUUGUAGAGGGGGUUGGUUGA